CACAGUUAAACAAUUAAGACGCAAACAAAAUACUAGUAAUAAAGCACCAAAUAAAAGUUGCUUUGUUAUCCACCAAAAGAAAAUACAUUGCUGAUUGCUCUUCAAAGUUAGGAUUUUUCUAAUAAAAUUAUUCUCUACCACAUGUGAUUGUGUUUCAGGUUAAUCUUCAAGACAGAAGAAUCCAGAGGGAUUUUCCUUUGGCUUCAGCUGAAAGUGAUAUCUGAAACCAAACCUCGCUUCAAAUUUGUUGCCUUUUCGAAUAGAUUAUCUUAUUACAAAUUGUGGGUUCUUGAGAUUUUAUGGAAGUAUGGAUUCUUUUGAAGGCUCAUAUGAAGCUUGAGAUUGAAGCUCUUACCUUUUCGUAACUGAGGUACUUCUAGUUUUUCUUGGAUUUUAUAAAGUUCAGUCUAUCAGAAAUUUGGGGGGUUUUGCGGCAAUUUAUGUUUAAUCCAGAAACCCUUGGAAGAUUGUGGUUCCUUGAUCUGCCUUAGAGAUUCAGAAGUGUCUAUUUGAUGCUAGAGUGAAAAUUCAUAGAAUAUUGGCCAAAAAUUGUUUAGUUGCUGAGUUUUUUAGGAAGUGAAAGGGUUUCAGAAAAUUGAAUAAAGGAGUUUGUGAAUAAUGGAGAAACAGACUAGUUUUCGGAAUCCCAUAAUGGAAAAACAGCAGAGUUUUCGAAAUGGGGCAAUGGAGAAGCAGAAGAGCUUUAGGGGGUUGAUGGAGAAGCAGAAGAGCUUCAGGAUAGCAAUGGAGAGGCAGAUGAGUUUUGGUGGAGACCGGAAAAAGAGCAAGGAUUCUCCGGGGAAACGAGGAGACACCCCCCUUCAUCUUGCUGCUCGGCCAGGGAAUUUGGGGAAGGUGAAGGAGAUUAUUCAAAAGAUGGAGAAUAUCAACAAUGGUGUGAGAGAUUUGCUGUCGAAGCAGAACCAAGAAGGCGAGACGCCUCUGUAUGUUGCUGCGGAGAAUGGGCAUGUCUUGGUUGUGGGGGAGUUCAUGAAGUAUUCGGAUGCUGAGACCGCUGCAAUUCCUGCCAAUAAUGGCUAUGAUCCAUUCCAUGUGGCUGCCAAGCAGGGCCAUCUUGAGGUCCUGAAGGAGCUGCUCCGUUUCUUCCCCAGCCUCGUGAUGACGACAGAUAUCACCAAUUCUACUGCCUUGCAUACAGCAGCUGCUCAGGGGCACACCGACGUAGUAAAUCUGCUUUUGGAAACUGAUUCAAACCUAGCUAAGAUUGCUCGAAACAAUGGCAAGAGUGUGCUUCAUACUGCGGCAAGAAUGGGGCACUUGGAAGUGGUUAAGGCUCUUUUAGAUAAAGAUCCAAGCAUCGGCUUUAAAACCGACAGAAAAGGUCAGACGGCGUUACACAUGGCCAUCAAAGGGCAGAAUGUGGAGAUUGUAAGAGAGCUCAUAAAACCCGACCCAUCUCUAUUAUCCGUUGAAGAUAACAAGGGAAAUACUGCACUUCACAUUGCAACAAGAAAGGGCCGAAAUCAGAUGGUGCAAUGUUUACUAUCCGCGGAGGGGAUCGACGUGAACUCCACUAAUAGUGCUGGAGAGACGCCUCUAGAUAUUGCAGAGAAGUUUGGAACUCCGGAACUAGUCGCCUUGUUGAAGGAAGCGGGAGCCGUUCAUUCCAAAGAUCACGGGAAACCCCCGAGUUCAGCAAAGCAACUGAAACAGACGGUUAGUGAUAUCAAGCACGACGUCCAGUCCCAACUUCAACAGACCCGUCAGACGGGGUUCAGGGUACGGAAGAUUGCAAAGAAAGUGAAGAAGCUUCACAUCGAGGGUCUCAACAACGCCAUCAAUUCUGCCACUGUCGUCGCUGUUCUCAUCGCUACUGUCGCUUUCGCUGCUAUAUUCACCGUCCCCGGUCAGUACGUAGAGGAUCCAGAGAAAGGGUUUUCGUUAGGUGAAGCUCACAUCGCGAACAAAGCGGCUUUCAUAAUAUUCUUUCUGUUCGACAGCGUGGCCUUGUUCAUCUCCCUGGCCGUGGUGGUGGUACAGACAUCCGUGGUCGUGAUAGAGCAGAAGGCAAAGAAGCAACUCAUGUUUGUCAUAAACAAGCUCAUGUGGCUGGCUUGCCUCUUCAUCUCCAUUGCGUUUAUCUCACUCACCUAUAUAGUGGUCGGUGCUCACGAGCAAUGGCUUGCUGUGUGCGCUACUGUCAUUGGUGGCACGAUCAUGAUGACGACGAUUGGCUCCAUGUGCUACUGUGUGGUUCGACAUAGACUGGAAGACUCGAGGAUGAGAAACAGCAUGAAAAGAGCUAGUACGCUUUCCCGUUCCUUCUCCCUGUCUAUGGCGUCCGACACGGAGAUAUACAGCGAAAGAUAUAAGCGUAUGUACGCCGUCUAAGUUCACAUUCUUUUGUAUUCACGCAACACUGGCUACUCAAACGUGCUCUCUAUAAGUAGUACAAGCUGCCUAACCACCUGAUGUUGGGCUCAGCUCAGGCAGUAUGUAUAUCUUCGUUGCCCUCUACAUCGUAGCAGCACUGCCGCCGUUACUUCCACGCCGUCUGUAUAUGCAUUGUGGUAGAGUAUAUUGACUAGUUCUAAUUAGGAGCUAUCAGCCUACCAUGAGAUGUUGCUAGGUAUAUUUUUGUAAUUGAUGUUGCUGCCUAUAUUUGAUACAGCAUAUUAUUAUCAGAAAUAAGAAGGCCUGAUUUUUGAAA